AUGCCGCCGACGACUGCAGCUGAAAAGCAGAAAAAAUAUCGCGAUAAGUUGAAAAAAGAAAACCCUCAAAAGUAUGAAGAAAUACAAAAGAAGGUCAAAGAAAGAUGUGCACGUUACUAUGAGAAAAAAAGAGUAAAUAUACUGAAGAGCACAAACAAGAAUUACGGAAUAAAUGGAAGGAAGAUCGAAAAAAAGCAAAAGAUGGCAUCACAAAAUGAACCGGGUACGGCACAUACUUCAAAUUCCAAGCAAGAUAAUAACCAAUUAACUUGCCGUAAUAUGCAACGCCGAAUUGAAUACAGACUGAAACAAGAAACUGCACAACUGAGAUUACAGUUAAACACAUUGACUAAAGAUGAAACAAAGGACACAUAUACGCAAGAAUUAGAAGAGAAAACACCGAGGAAAGAAGUAACAGAGUUCAUAAAUAAUAACAUACCUAACAUUGAAACUCCCAAAAAAGAAGAAGUUAAGAAGAAACUACUGGAACACGAUGUACUAACGAAGUCACUAAAAUUACAAUUCCAAACUGCUAACAAUACUGAAAAGAAUGUUUUGAGAAACGUUUUGGAUAACAACAUUUUGAAAAAAUAUAAACUGAAAACAAGAUUAAGAACCUCCCUGGGAUUUAAGAGUGAUUUCAAAAACUACCGUCAUCAGAAGAUCAGAACCACUGCAUUGCAAAAGAAAAUUGAAUGUUUUUUAACAGAGAUGAUGUUAGCCGCACCACUGCAGGCAAAAAAAGAAUACAGAACCUUCAAAAAAGUUACACGCCAAAAGAGAUAUUUGCUAAACAAACUAAUCGUACUUCAUAGAAAGUCUAUCGCAGAAGAGGUCCAAAUAAGUUUCAGUACUUUCAAAAAGUACCGCCCGUUUUACGUAUUUUCUCCAAAAAUCAAUGAUUGUGAGAGUUGCUCAUGCAAAAAACAUUCUAAUAUGCAAUUUCUGGUUGAUGAACUGAAAUCCCUUAACAUACUUAAAACUGACAAUCUGAAUGAGGUAACAACAGAUUUAGUAUGUGAUUUUUACUCAAAAGAUUGCAUGUAUAAUAAUUGUAAUACGUGUUCAGAAAUUAGAUUAAAAGUUGAUAACGAAGAACUGUCGGCUAAAGUAAGCUGGUUUACUUGGAUUUUAAAAGACCACGAAUAUGAAAAGGAAGGAGAAAAGAAGAAAAUUAAAAAGAUAAUAAAAAUUAAGAAAGAGGGAAAAGGUGCCCCUGAUGGUAUCGGAGGGGCCAUCAAACGAACUCUAGAUGCCAAAAUCGCUCAGGGGAAAGACAUCCCAAAUGCGGAAACAGCAUUUGAUAUUUUGAAUUCGGAGGACACAAGUAUCAAAUUAUUUUAUAUUUCUUCUGUUAACAUCAAGCCUUUACACACAAAGCUUAGUCCUUUGCCGCAAACAAUGAAAAUUCAUCAGCUGAUAACAAUAGAAAAGCUGAAACUCAAAUACAGAGAUCUCAGCUGUUUCUAUGGGGAUCCUAGAGGCAACUGUGAAUAUCACUCACCUGUAGCUCAUAGCUUUUUGCCCACUAUUUACGCAAACGAAAAACACACAUCGAAUAAACAAGAAAAAUGUGAAAAGAAAAAGGAAGUUAAAAAUUCAAAGAAUAGCAAUAAAACUAGGCGAAGACGUGUCAGUUCAUCAACCAAAGAAGACGAAUAUGAUGAUAGAAUUGAAUAUACGGAAAGCGACGCCUCGGCGUUUUUUUCUGAUGAGUCAAUAAGUCUAGAUUUUAACGACGAUGAAAACAAUCUAAUCACAGAACUUGACGAAAAAACAGGUGUUUUGAGGCCAAAAAUUAAUCCAAACAAGAAAGUCACUCUGCUAUCCACAAUAAUUUUAAAGAAACCUAAUGCUGAAAAUAAUCCUAAACAUGAAAGGAAAAGAAAAAUAAUUUGUGAAAAUGAAGAUUCAAUCCAUAAAAGAUUUUGCGAAACUACGAAACAUGUUACUGGGAAAGAUGAUGUGACAAUUUUGUCACAAAUAAGAAAAAACCCGGAAAAUACUGCAAGUUAUGAUUUAAGAGAGAGUUAUUUAUUUGGAAAAGAAGAACCGAUAAAGGAAAUAAGAAGUAACAAAAUUGAGACUGAUAAAAGAAAAAUCGACCAGAACAGGGAAAACAAAAAUGAUACCAAAAAAGAGAUCAAAAAGAAUUUAAAAGAAAAGUUUCUAAUAGAAGAUAAGCACAAAAUUGAGAUUGAAUGUACUAAGAAAGAUGAAAGCAAGGAAAUUCUAAUUGUUAUCGCAGAAGAAGAGAGAAAAGAAGCUGAUGAGAACCCGUAA